AUGGCUUCCAGAUUAUGGCUAGUAGCUUUUCUCCCGUUGAUAUAUAUAAUUAUCAGGGUGCAUCACAGAUACAAGCUACCACCCGGCUCUCGACCACUGCCGGGUCCGAAGUCUUACCCUCUGGUUGGUCGUGUGCACGAUGUCCCGGCGGAGGCGACGUGGCUGAAGUUUUACGAAUGGAGCAAGGAGUAUGGCCCAAUUUACCAGACGGAGAUGUUUGGCACGGUCCAUGUCUGGAUAUCGUCAGAACGCAUCGCGCAAGAUUUGCUUUCGCGACGAGCAGCCAACUACUCGGACCGGCCCCAGAUUCCUAACCUCCCGGACAAUCGGACAAGCGGUCACUAUCUCGCACUCAUGGGCCGUAACGAGAUAUGGAAACACCAAAGGAAGCUGUGCCAGCAGCUCAUGAGCCUCUCGGCAAACGCCCUGUUACAUGGUUAUCCAUCGAAGGAGAGGGAUCGUUUCCUCUAUCUACUCUCUCGGGACGCGUCUCAGUAUCGAGAAUACGUCGAGCAAUUCACAUCGCGCACGGUGUCUCGCCUUUCAUGGGGUACCCCCCAUCCUGCCCAGCUUCUAAGAGUUACCACUCUCGGCCUACUCGAGACCAUCUCUCCGUCCGGCGCUCUCCCUAACGUUAUAUCCUGGCUCAUGCACAUCCCUACUUUCCUAAGCCCGUGGAAGCAGAAGGAAAAUGCACGGCACAGGCUCGAAGCUGGCCUUUUUAGGAGUAGUGUGAGGUCCGUACACGAUCGUAUCGACGAGGGAGAUGCAGAGCCUAGCUUUGUGCGCUCGUUUAUCAGCACACUAAGCAGGCCGGAAAACGGAGGCAAAUGGGGCACCGUGGAAGACGCUACCAAUGUCGUCGGCCAGAUGGCCAUUGCGGGGGCGUUAACCAUCGGGAGCCCGAUUCAGAGCUUUAUUCUCGCCAUGCUACACUACCCUGACUGGCAGAAGAAGCUGCAGCACGAAGUAGACACUGUCUGCGAGGGGAGAUGCCCCGAAUGGAAGGACCGCGAGAAGCUGCCGCUACUCCGUGCUGCUGUCAAGGAGGUCGUCCGGUGGCGUCCACCAGUUCCGACAGGGAUCCCACACGCCACAGAGAAAGACGAUGUGUAUAACGGUUACUUCAUCCCGGGGGGUGCGACCAUCCACGCGCUAGAGUGGGCUAUUACUCGAAAUGAGACCACCUACCCGGAUGCCGAGACAUUCAAUCCAGACCGCUGGGUGAAUCCGAAAUAUCCCACGUACAAAGAGCCCCUAAGUAUAUAUCCAAAUCUUAACGGCUUUAGCCAAUUCGGCUUCGGCCGUCGCACGUGCCAAGGUGUACCAAUCGUGGAACAGGACUUGUUCCUCUCCAUGGGCGGCAUAGUAUGGGCCUUCAACCUCCGAAAGAAACGCCGCCCGGACGGCAGCGAGGUGCCAGUGCAUUGGAACGACUACACACCAUUGCUCAUCGCUAAACCGGCACCAUUCGAAUUCGAUGUUGUGGUGCGUGACGACGAGAAGGCGACAGCUUUACAACGGAUGUGGGAGACGGGAAAGGGAGACGACGACGAGGAAGAAGAACAAAACCAAGUGCUAGAGCAGGCCAACAAGGACGACAUUGUGGCGUCCCGUGAGGAAGACGUCGCCAGCGACCGCGGCAGCGACACUAGCGCCGCCCCGGGAUCUCUAGCGGAGUCAACCGCUUCGGCUGGCACGGUAUCGGACGGCGAAAUUGGGAUUGAGAGACGGCGCAUUUACGUAGACUAG